AUGGGUGCGCUUUACAACAUUCUCAGUAACAUUACAUUUAACAAUAUCUUGAUCGGAUUGUUAUCUCUAACAUGCAUAUAUUUAAUACAUUUCUAUUAUAAACACUUUACCCGUGUUAAUCCAAUUCCUGGUCCAAUUCCAAUUCCAUUAAUUGGCAAUCUCGCGGUUUUCACAAGUGACAUUGACGCCUGGUUUUGGAGAUUAAACAAAAAGUACGGACACCAUGGUAUAUUCGAAGUGAAUAUUGCUGGCCAUAGGCAAAUCGUAAUCACUCGCGCGGAAUAUCUCGAGACUCUCAUGACUGCUGAUAAUAGGGCACAUUUUAUGAGAUCCCCACAAAGCGGUUUGUUUGGUUUAUUCGAUUUCGAAAAAAAAGGUUUAGCGCUGAAUGACGAUUACAAUUAUUGGAAAUUCAAUCGCUAUAUCUUUACCCAUGCCAUUACGGUAUUGACUCAAACGGAUAAACCGAGCAUUUUGUUAAACCAAUUAUUUGAGGAAAUGGAACAAUAUUGGAUUGAUUUAAAACAACCAGGCGAGAGGGAAGCCGUUAUCGAUAUCGCAGCUUGGAUGCGUCAUCUUACCAUGGAUGGUAUCGCCAUGUUGACAGCCGGAAAGCAACUGUCUGCCAUGAAGAAUUAUUAUCAGAAAUUAAAGAAUGAACCCCUCACUAAAGAGAUGUUCGAUACUGAAGAGUUUGUCAAAUGCAUGAAUACCUUUGUAAUGGACAAUAAACUUCUGUUUGUACCGAAAAUUUUACGAAACUUUCCUCUCAUUAAACCGCGUGUGGACGAACUAUUGAAAAAUUGUAACCGACUUUACGAAAAACUGGUGAAUGUUGUUAAAGAAAAAAGAAAAGAAGUUGAAAAGACAAUCAUGCAUGGCGAACUUAACACGGAAGAGAUGAAUUUGUUGACAUCCUUGAUCAUUGCCAAUACAGAACAUGAUCCUCAUCCGCAAAAAAAUGUUGAUCCAUCAUUAGCAAGACCAAUGACUGAUGAUGAGAUUCGUGGUGUCAUGUUUGAUGCGUUUGCUGCCGAUGACCCAUACAGACCGAUAACAUCAGAAGAUCUUGCAAAAUUAAAAUACGUGGAAGCGAUUAUUAAAGAAACGUCAAGGAUUAGACCUGUGGUUAUUGUGCUUUCAAGAUACAGCGAACGACCUGACAAAGUAGCCGGAUACAUGUGGCCGUCCAAAACAUAUUUUAUAAUGUACGUUCGUGGAAUCAGCAACAGUCCACUUUAUUGGAAAGACCCUGAUAAAUUUAUCCCGGAAAGGUUUUAUGGAAAUCAGGAAAUAUAUAAAAAUUCGUUUUCAAUGUUUGGUGGAGGUCCGAGAAUAUGUCCAGGCAAUAAAUUUGCAAUGAUCGAAUUAAAAACGUUAUUAGCCGCAGUUUAUAGAAGAUUUGAUGUCGAAUUGCUAGAUAUUCACGCACCCCUGAAUUUAAGAACCUCAAUGAUCACAAUGGUUGAGCUGUUUGGGAUUCAAGAACAAUUUAUCACCAAAUGCUUGCAUCCAGGAGACCUGCGUAAUUUAGAUCUCUUAAACUUCUGGAGUUGA